GCCCCGCGUAAGAAAUUGCUCGUUGAGGAUAUGCCUACAUAGUGUGCUGUUAUCUGCGGCUCUGUGUUGAAGGACACGGCCAGACUCAAUCUUCGAUGCUGCAGUCCAGUGGCUGGAGUGCAGCGGGCUCCCUGAACAGCAAUCCCUUGCUGCAGGGCAGGACCUGCACUACAUCACAAUUCAGAGCAGCUUCCGCACCGCCAUUGAGGCGGACUUCUUCAGGACUCAGCAAUGCCAUCAGUCGUCGCAACAAUGGUAAAAUGCACGCAAAGCCCAGCACCAAGGUGACAGAAGAGCUGUCCCCCUUGGAGCUUCUGCGCCGAGAGAACGAGCUUCUCAGGGAGACAAUAAACUCUGCAGACUCUGCGAUCGAGGAGCUGGAAGCACAGCUGCAGGAGGAGGGCGUAGAUGUGUCCGAGCUGGAGAAGAGCCUGGCAGAGGAACAGGCUGCAGAAGCCAGCAAGCUUGAGGCAGAAUCAGACAACCCAGAGGAUUUCUGGUCUCCAAUCGCUGCGCCCCUCCCUGCAGGCACCAAGCUGGACGAGUAUGGAGCCCUGUCCCCGAUUCCGCAGCAUGACGGCACUGAGUGCCUGAAAUGGGAUGACUCUCUCUGGUCGCAUGCCGACCACUUCAAGUACCGGUGGAAUGUCUACAAAGGCAUUCGCGAUGCCAUCGAGAAGAAUGAAGGCGGGUUGGAUAAGUUCUCACAAGGGUACAACUACUAUGGGCUGAACCGAGGAGAGCACGAGGGAAAGACAGGCAUCUGGUACAGGGAGUGGGCGCCUGGCGCAAGGGCGAUUGCGCUUAUUGGUGAAUUCAACAACUGGGACCCGCUUCCCGAGCACUGGGCCGUGAAGAACGACUUUGGCGUGUUCUGCCUAUUCCUGGCUGACAACGCCGACGGCACCUCACAGAUCCCUCACAGGACAAAGGUGAAGUCCAGGGUAGAGACUGCGUAUGGCGAGUGGGUGGAGCGCAUCCCAGCCUGGAUCAAGUGGGCCACCCAGGAGUGGAACGAGAUUCAAUUCAAUGGAGUGUACUAUGAGCCCCCGGAGGCAGGCGCCCCUGGGGAGGUGCCCACCUUUGAGACAUCCUACACCUUCAAGUACCCUCGCCCCAAGCGCCCAGAAAACCUGCGCAUCUACGAGGCCCACGUGGGCAUGUCCUCCGAGGAGCCAAAGAUCAACUCGUACAUGGAGUUUGCAAAGGAAAUGCUGCCUCGGAUCCGCAGCCUGGGCUACAACACAAUCCAGCUGAUGGCAGUGCAGGAGCAUGCCUACUACGGCUCCUUCGGCUACCACGUGACAAACUUCUUCGCGGCGAGCAGCCGGUGCGGCACGCCUGAUGAGCUAAAAUUCAUGAUCGACGAGGCGCACAGGCUGGGGCUGUUUGUGUUGAUGGACAUCGUGCACAGCCACGCCUCCAAGAACACCAACGACGGCAUCAACAUGUUUGAUGGCACAGAGGCCAUGUAUUUCCAUGGUGGCGGCCGCGGCUACCACUGGAUGUGGGACUCGCGCUGCUUCAACUAUGGCAACUGGGAGACGCUGCGCUUCCUGCUGUCCAACUCGCGGUGGUGGGUUGACGAAUACAAGUUUGACGGCUACCGCUUCGACGGGGUCACCUCCAUGAUGUACCACCACCACGGCCUGCAGAUGGCAUUCACUGGCAACUACGACGAGUACUUUGGCAUGGCGACCGACGUGGAGGCGGUCACAUACCUGAUGCUGCAGAACCAGGUGCUGCACGAUCUGUUCCCCACCGUCAUCACCAUCGGCGAGGACGUCUCCGGCAUGCCCACCUUCUGCAGGCCUGUGUCAGAGGGAGGCAUUGGGUUUGACUACCGGCUGCAGAUGGCCAUUGCGGACAAGUGGAUUGAGCUGCUGGAGGAGAAGACAGACGACCAGUGGGAGAUGGGCAACAUCGUGCACACGCUCACCAACCGCCGAUACGCCGAGGCCUGCGUCGCAUACGCCGAGUCCCACGACCAGGCGCUGGUGGGCGACAAGACGAUUGCCUUCUGGCUGAUGGACGCUGCUAUGUACGACAAGAUGUCCAUCGAUACACCCAGCAGCGUGGUGGACCGGGGCAUUGCGCUGCACAAGAUGAUCCGCCUCAUCACGCUCACACUGGGCGGAGAGGGCUACCUCAACUUCAUGGGCAAUGAGUUUGGGCACCCAGAGUGGAUCGACUUCCCCCGCGAUGACAUUAUCGACACCUCCACCGGCAAAUUUGUGCCAGGGAAUGGUGGCAGCCUGGAGAAGUGCCGGCGAAGGUGGGACCUGGCGGACGCAAAACACCUGAAGUACAAGUUCAUGAAUGCGUUUGACCGCGCCAUGAACCACUUGGACAAGGCCUUCUGCUUCUCCGACGACCCCCACCAGUGGGUGUCGCGCAAGGACGAGAGCGACAAGCUGAUAGUCGUGGAGCGCAGCGACCUGGUCUUUGUGUUCAAUUUCCACCCAGUGCAGUCCUACACCGACUACCGCGUCGGCACCUGCCUGCCCGGCCCCUACAAGAUCGUGCUGUCUUCGGAUGAGGCGGUCUUUGGCGGCUGGGAGAACGUGUCAAAGAAGUAUGACGUGGCGUAUCAGACAGACGAGGGCCUGUACGAUAACCGCCCCCAAUCCAUGCUGGUGUAUGCCCCCUCGCGCACCGUCGCAGUCUACGCCAAGGCCGAGUUCUGCGAUGCCACGGGCGACCAGUCCCCCACCGGCAUCCCCGGCCUCGGCGUCAAGGGCCGCGGACCCCACUGGCAAGCGUGAGAAAUCACUGCAGACCACCAAGACUUUAUGGGCCAAAGAAGAGCAGCAGUGCUGGUCUCGACGGCCUAUUUGGCGUCGCUUGUCUUUGAUCUGGUGAAUGGCGCGCAAUAUAAGCAGCGAGGCAGUUGUGUUUGCCUCUGGGGUUCUCAAUGGGUCUGCUGAUGCCCUGCACUGAGGUUGUACCCAGUGUGACGAAAGCGCAGCUGCUUGCCUGAUUGGCACCUUGUCCGUGGGCUUGGAGCAUGGGUGUAGAGAUGAAGUCUUUUGCAUGCUGCAUCAGUUGGUGGAUUUUAAAUUUUGUUGAGACACAGACCCGCAGGAACGCUUAGAACAUGGCACAAGCAAUUAUUGCCGCUCAACGUUGCAGAGCAAUUCGCACUGCGGUCAAUUCUAAAAUGAGCAGCUGCAAUGCACAUCAGCCAGCUUUGCGCUGGAAAAAUGGAUUUAUAUCUUUUGGGGAUGGGUCAGGGAGAGAGUGUGUCCUAGACGGCAGAGCAUGCUUCCUGCCAUUCAAGAUGUGUAUUCCACAGUUGGUCAAGGUUCUGGCAACCUGACCCAAUAAAGUUUGAGAUGCAACUUGCUGCAUGUGUGAUUAACGAUCUGGAGUUGUGUGAGCAGAGUGAUCCUGGAGCAUCGAGUGAUUAGUCCCUGAACGUGGCUAAAUGACAGCUGAGUGGCAAAUGCUGAUAGCCAAAUGGUGCACGUGAAUGUGCAGAGAAGAUCAUGUAUUUUGUAAAAAGAUUUCCCAC